CACAAAAGUUCUAAAUACUAAUAAUAAUGGCAGGGGAACCAGAAUCUUAAGAAUACAAUGUGAAAAAAUGAAAAUAGACAUGCCAACAAUGGUGCAAUUGCAGACAGUGAAAAGAAAAAGAAAAUUUUAAGAAAAUAUAGUUAAAAAUAUAUGUAUAUUAAACAACAAUAUAAUAAAAAUCACAAAAUAAAUAUCUGUUAAUAUUUCCUUAAAAAUGACGAGUGUUAAAAGUGUUAAUUUUUAUGAUUUGUGCCGUAUAUGUACAGCAACAACGGAACAAAAAAUUGAUAUAUUUUCACCGGAAGGCAAAACAAAAAAUCUAUGUGCUAAAAUUACUGAAUGUUUGCCAUUAAAUGUAGACGAAAAAGAUCGUUUGCCAAAAGUUUUGUGUCAGCAAUGUAUACAGCAUUUGGAAACUUAUGCAGAAUUUCGCACUAUUUGCCGCAACUCACAAAUCAUGCUAACAUCAUGCUUAAAUACAGCCUCUGCACAGAAUGGCGGUAAAGUUUUGAUUAAAGAUAUCCUAUCAUCGUCCGGCAAAAGUUUGAGUGUUUUAAAUAAUGCUUCGAAUCCUAUCAGUGUACAUAACACUGCUAAUAACACGGAACAAUUACAAAAUGUUUCCACACAAUCCUUAAAUCAAUCACUUACUGCACAAUUACAAUCGCAACAGCAGCAACAACCGCAACAGCAGCAGCAAUUGUUUACAAUACAAGGUUCCAAUGUAAUCUCCCAAUCUGUAGUUAAUCCAAUGACAAUAUCAGCAGCGGGUACUUUGCAAAAUCAAGAAUUUCUCAAUUCUAUAAUGCAAGCAGUUGGAAUACAGAGUGAUCAGAAUAAAAUUGAAAAACCUCAAACGUUACCGCAAUAUACAAUAACUGUCGAUAAUACUGUGCAACAACAACAGAUUCCAAUGCAAAUAAAUUCGCAACCUGUUACACCAAACAAAGAAAAAGACAUUAAAAAUAAUUCUUUGGAUGAAUUUUUGAAAAUGAAGCCUAAUAUAAAGACGCCACCUACAAGUAAAAGGCAACAACAACAGCAACAACAGCAACAACAACAACAGCAGCAACAACAACAGCAGCAACAUCAGCAGCAACAACAACAGCAGCAGCAACAACUUCAGCAGGAACAACAGCAGCAGCAGGAACAACAGCUGCAACAGCAACAACAACAAGAAUUGCAACAACAACAGCAGUUACAACAACAGCAAGAACAACACCAACAGCAGCAACAUCAACAGCAACAACACCAGUUAGUACAGUUUCAGCUACAACAACUACUUCAACAACAAUUACAACAACAACAGCUGCAACAACAAUUACAACUAUUAACAUCACAACUACAACCUCAACAAAUCACAAUAACAGCACCAACAUUACAACAGCAACAACAGCCGCUGGCACAACAACUCCAACUACUACAAUCCAACUCUUUAACCACGGACAACAGUUUAAAUGACAGCAACGACGAUUUAAGUCCAUCGAAAAGUAAAAAGCCUAAAUUAAAUUUUGUUCUUACACCACCAAAUCAUGCAACAACAUUACCUCAACUAACAACUGUGGCCACAACUCCAAAUACUACCCAUAGUCAGCAACAACCAACCACACCUCAAAUACAAUUACAAUUUCAGCCUACCUUAACACCGCAAACUACAUUACAGCUACAACACCAGCAACAACAAAAUCAAAAUGCCGCCACCGCUGCUUUGCUCUCUAACUUGGCACCGUUGCUACAACCUCAGACCCAGCUUAAUGCGACACUACAAACACAAGCUUUGGCCAAUGCUACACAAAACACGGGAACGAAUAUGUUGUCUCCAAAUAAGUGUUUCUUGCCCAUUACUAUUAAGGAUGAAAAUACAGAUCAACAAUUUGUUGCUCAUAUUGAUGCGAAAAAUUUCCUUUUACCCACCACAUAUCAGUUGCAAAUGAAGUUGCAACCUCAAAUAGCAACGGCGGAUGGUCAACCAAUAAUGCAAUUGACACCUACUUCAAUACCGGCAACAUUGCAAUUUGCUCCACAAGCGUUAAAUUCGAAUCAAACAUUCCAAGCAACUGCAGCAGUGACAGCCUUCAAUAACAAUUCAACAUUUCCAACACAAUUAAUUCAGCAACAACAACAACUUCAACAACCACAAAUACAACAUCAACAACAAUUGCAAACAACACAAAUACAGCAGCAGGUACUGCCACACACAACAAAUACUCAAGUGCAACAACAAACACAACUACCACAGCCGGCACCGCAACCACCGCCACAAAUACAACCGCAAUCGCAACCAACGAAAAUAACACCAAUACCUGCAUUACCUAAAAAUGUACAAAUAACAUCUCAACAAGUGCUAAAUACCGGAAAUAAAAAGCCCCAAACAACAACCAUUACAAAUACGCCGGAAAUUUCCACUUCCAGCGAAACUGAAAAACCAUCACCAAAGAUAACGGCAACAGUUUCACAAGGCGGCAGCGGUGAUUUAAGACGAGUAAUCAAACAGCAGAAAUAUAAAAUAUCGCAACAGCCUGGCAGCAAUACAAUUGAAAUUACACCAACAACCAGUUUUACUCAACAGAUAAUGCAACAAGUACAGCAACAACAGCAGCAGAAACAAAAAUUAAAUCAACAACAAAGCUCAGCGGAACCAACCACAACUACAACCGUAACAACACAACAUGGUGGUAUAACAGUGCAGCGUAUAACAACUAAAAUUAAUCCCGCAGCAACAACAUCAACCGGAAAUGUUGCCAAAGAUACUGUGACACAUUCCACAAGACAAGCCACCAUAACACCGUUGCUUCAACAACCGCAGCUGCAACAACAGACAGUAGCAUUGCCAAAACUACCCAUGUUAAAUAAGCAAAAUAUAACAAUAAGUCGCAUAACACCACAAAAUCAGCUACAGCAAGCAAAACCCAAACCGGAGCAGCAACAGCAAACAUCACAAAUAGGUAACACUACAGUUAAAGUUGUGCAGCAGCAAAUAAAAUCACAAGUUUCAGCAACACCCCUGCAAAUAUCAACGGCAAGUGGCCAACAACAACAGAAACAACAAACUUUACCAACCCGCACCAUACCACAACAGCAGCAACAACAACAAUUAAAACUACCCUCCCAACAGCAGCAGCAGUCACAGAUUAUAUCCAACAUACCCAAUACCACACUAAGAAUCUCUCCAGUCAAAAAAUUUAUUAAAAGGCCACCGCAAAAAUCCAUAGAAACUAGUCAAACAACAACAUUACCCACAAAUACAACAAGUCAACAGCGGCAGACUGUGACAAACUUAAAUAAAAAAAAUGUAACAACAGCGCCGACUACUACAGCUUCCACAACACAAGUACACUAUGUAACGGACAUAACUUCCAUCUUACCAACUCCAAAUGAAAAUACCGCACCAUCUUCUGACAAUAAUGUCCCAACGAUGACAACACAAACUACUACUACCACAGACACUAAUAACACAACAAAUCCUGAUAACUCCGACCAAGCAAAAAAUAGUUUAGAAUGCAGCCAGUGCGGUCGUGUCUUUAAGAAAAAAGAACAUCUUACACAACAUGUUAAAUUGCAUUCUGGUAUACGGCCUUUUAAAUGUAACGAGGAGGGCUGUACGAAAGCGUUUCAUCGCAAGGAACAUUUGUUGCGUCAUUUGGUUUCGCAUACCGGCAAGAAAAUGUUUAGUUGUGAUAUUUGUCAAAAACCAUUUUCACGCAAGGAUAAUUUAAGUAAACACAGAAAAAUUCAUACUGAUCCAAGUCCCAAUCAUUAUGUGUGCGAAUAUUGUAGUAAAGUAUUUGCUGUAAAAGCAUAUUACGACCAACACAAAUUAUUACAUCAAAAUAAAGCAAUAUCAGAAGAGGAUACACAGAGUGAUGAAAAUGAAACCACAAACGCAACAGAUCAAAGUAAUGAUAAUAGCAAUAAUAACACGAACUCAAAUCAAAUAGAAUAUCAAACACAACCUCAACAACAGCAACAGCAAAAAACGGUAACAGCAACACAGCAGCAGCAAUCAACCCAGCAACAGCAACUAGAAUUGGUACAGCAACAAUUACAGCAAUUACAACGUCAAAAUCAAGCCCAAUCACAGCAAAUAAUGCAUUUGCAACUACCUACCUCUAUCGUUACCACACAAGAUAUGGCCGGCAAUACAAUAACCAUAACACAGGCAAAUGAUCCUCAAGCAAUCGGCAAUGCAAAUGCUCUAAAAACUCUUACACUCAGUGGUAGUACAGGAAUUAGUAAUGCAGCUGGUGAAAAUCAUCAUGAUGCAACCGUAUUAAAUUUACCCACAUCUUUAGCGAAUUUCGUUCAAUUAUCUCAAGCUCAAUUUGUGAAUGCAACGACUGCACGGUGGUCAAUUCCGGCCAAAAAUCCAUAACUUCUAUAUUUCUUCAUAAAAAUUUUUGAAAUUUGGUAUUUGUAUUAAGAAUAACAUAACCGAUCGAUCGAUAAAUAUUUCGAUAUUCAAAUACAGGGUAUGGCCAAAAAAGCAUGGACGUUCUAAAAGUAUCAAAAAAAUUGCAUGUAAGUGGCUGAAAUUUAGUCCAAAAAUGAAGAAUAACAUAAGUGAUCGAAAAGAAAUUGGUCAUUCAAAUUUCGGAUUACAUAUACAGGGUUUGGCCAAACAAUAAUGGACGUUUUAAAAGUAUGUAUCGAAAAAAUUAGGUUAUUCAUGUAAAUGCCUGAAAUUUAGUCCAAAAAUGAUGAAUAGCAUAAGUGAUUGAAAAAAAUUGUUGUACAAAUUUCGGAAUACAUAUACAGGGUUUGGCCAAACAAUCAUGGACGUUUUGAAAUUAUCGAAAAAAAUAGGUUAUUCAUGUAAAUGAUUGAAAUUUUGUGUGAAUUUAAGAACAACACACUUGAUCCAUCGCAAAAAAUAUUAGAAAUUGCAUACAGGGGUUGGCAAAAUAAACA